CUGUGUAUUGAAAAAGGAACCAAGAAUCCCCAUCUGUUGUCAUGAAAGUAAUAUACCACUUCCUUUAAAGGUGUUAUGCAGCACAGAGGAGGCUUCAGAAACAACCAUGAAUGCCUCUGAUUACAACAUAGCAGAUGGCGAUGAUUAUGAAGAUGAGGUUUGUGAGAAAGGAGAGUUGGUCAAAUUUGGAUCAAUAGCAGUUCCUGUCUUUUUUUCUGUUGUGAUCAUACUGAGUCUCAUUGGCAACAUUCUAGUUAUGGUCAUUUUGGCCUUGUAUGAAAACCUCAAGACUCUUAACAACAUCUUGAUACUCAAUCUUGCAAUCUCUGACCUAUUAUUCACUGCCGGACUGCCGUUCUGGGCAAUCUACCACAUCUGGGGUUGGUUCCUGGCAGACAUGCUCUGCAACAUUGUGAGCUUCAUCUUCUACACUGGAUUUUACAGCAGUGUUCUAUUGCUGACCGUUAUAACCCUCCACCGGUAUCGGGCCGUGGUCCACCCUUUGUCCAAGCAAGGCAGUCAGAAAGCCGGCUAUGCGGUUGCUGUAUCGAUAACUGUGUGGUUGGUCAGCAUAGGGGCAGCCAUGCCUUCGAUGCUCUUCAGCACUGUCGUCCCUCUCCCCCACAGAAACGGGACAACAAAUGCCUGCCAAUACAAAGACGCAGCAUGGACCAAUGUGAGGAACUAUCAACAGAAUUGAUCUUUUCGCGCUUUUCACCAGUCUGAGUUUCGAUCUGUAAGGAUAGUGAGGACGAUCAGGAGAACAAGGUCCAACAGGAAAAACAGGACUUUGAAAUUGAUUUUUGGUAUUGUGGCUGUGUUCUUCCUUGGUUGGAUACCAUACAAUGUCGUCAUUUUUCUGAGAAGGUUAUCUCAUCACUUGGUUCCACCAUUCGAUGAUUGCGAUGUGAGCACUAGGCUUGAUUAUGCAUUCUUUGUGUGCCGACUUAUUGCGUACUCCCAUUGUUGUCUCAACCCAGUGUUUUACGCAUUUGUCGGCGUAAAGUUUAGGACGCAUCUAAAAUCCCUCUUGUAUCGUAAGUCCUGUGACAAAAGUAAGGUAGAAGAGGCAUCCAAUCCAUUCAUUUAAUUAGAUAAAUGGACAUAAGCUGCUUUUUAAAUACUGUUGGAUAAAUGUUGAUUUCAAUCUCACUGAUUAAUAUUAAUUUAUGAAAACUAAUACUGUUCGAGAAAAUAAUGAAACUUUAAUGAAACUAAAUACGCAUCAGUCAUACAAUUACGAUAAAUCAAAAUGCAUUGUUCAUUGUAGAUUUUCCUUGAAUUUGAUACAGGCAUUUGCUUUUGUUUCCAAUGAUAAUAUUUACAAUUUCUCAUGGCUAUAUUGUGUUAUACAUUUGCAAUUCAUGUUGCCUGCAUUUUGAAGAUUAAUUGGAUUGUAAGAGGGGUUUAAUCUAAUAAUAAACACGUCAUAUAUUUUCGAUCAUUAGCUGAGUGCUGCAUGCAGCGCUCAACUAUUGUUCUUCAAAAGUUUUAUACUUUCUUUCUUUCUUUAUUAUUCUCUACAAACUUUGGGACCUAUUUCCUUCCUCAAUUUGUCACCUAGAGACUUUUUAAGAUAUUCUACUUUUAAAAUAUUAUAUAUUUUUUAACAUGGGAGUCAAUGGGAGUACUUCAAACUGUUUAAGACUUAACAAAAUCAAUUUUCAACCGUUUAUCUUCGUUCAAACCAUUUAACAAAUCCAAACACUAAAAUAUAAAAUCGAAUCUUCAAUGAUAUCCAAACGGAACUUCGAUAUCAUUUAUACUUUAUUCAGAAUCACAGUUUUAGUUUCAUACCGGCUUCGUUUUCAGUUGGUCUCAGGGUUAGAUUUACGUUGAUGCUGGAGCGUGAGGGCGUUCAGCAGUGUUGCCAGAUUGGGCGGUUUUUCCCGCCAGAUUGGGCUACCUUUGAAAGACGUUCAGGCAGUGUUGGCAGAUUGGGCGGUUUUCCCCUCUAUGGUUUUCCCCGCUUUAUUUGACUAUUUUUAAUCACGCACCUGCUCACUAUUCUCUUAAAGACACACACACACACACACACACACACACACACACACACACACACACACACACACACACACACACACACACACACACACACACACACACACACACACACACACACACACCAGCUGUGCAGGGCAAUACAUUUGACCUUUCAGAUUCUUCAGUUCAAUUCAUUUGACAUUUCUGCAUUUUUAGCAAUGCCUUGCGCAUUUCCUUCAGCUGUCACUUUAUUUAUUUCCAGCCAUUUACAAUUUCUUAAAUAGUGUGCAUGUU